AUGGGGUUCCUGCAAAAACUAUGGGACGAAACGCUAGCCGGACCGAUGCCGGAAAGCGGCCUCGGAAAAUUACGAAAGUACGAUUCGUUUUCAGUGAAACGAUCAUCGCCUUCGCCGGAUCAUUAUCAUGAUGAUUAUGAUUAUGAGAAUAAUAAUAAUAAUAAUGGUAAGAUGAUGAUAACUAGGAGCAUUACGAUUCUUAGGAGCAACUCUGGUUUUAGAACUAUGGAGUCGGGUUCGGCUCCCGGUUCUCCUCUUGGGUCUAGUACUCCUGCGACACCAUUGUCACCAGGGACACCAGGUGGGGAUUUAAAGAGGUUCAUGAGAAGAAAAUCGUCAGCUGAAGGCUGA